UUCCCAAUUUGUCUUAAAACCUUAACCCCACCUUCUAUCAUCACCUCUCUCUCUAACCUCCCAAGGCUCUCCCCGCUCCACUGACUGCUGUGCUCGUCGCCGCCUUCGCCGCCGCCAGCACGUCACCGCCGCUGCACCUCCUCCUCCCCCUCGCAUGCCGAUGACCUUGCGUCGCCGCCACCGCCACCGCAGCUCCGACUUCAUAUUCUAAGUCGGAUCAGAGCUCAUGCAUUUUGCCAUUUCCCGCGAACUUUCUCAACCUCAUCGUGCUCGAAAAUCUCCACAAACAAACUCCGUCGAACCCAAAAGCUUUGACUCAAGUUGUGUGGGUGGGUGUUCUAACAAGUUGUCAAUGACCAAAGGCUGCAGCACGCACAAACAACAGUAGGAAUUUGAUGCUGAAGUGUUCUUAAGAACAACCAAAUUUGGUUAACCAUUUAUGUCAAAAUUGAGGAUGGUGUAAACUGUUCUUUGUUUCUCCUUCUUGAUUCAUUGUGAGCUAGCUGUUCUUGGUGGAAAAAAUCCGUGGAUGAUUUGUAAUAAGGUAACAUGUCUGGGAAUCCACUACUGGCCUUGUUUCACAACAUUGAGCAAGUCUCAAAUUUUGUUCAACACCAUCUUUCUAAUUUCAUUGGCCCUCAUAUCCAGUCAUCAGGACCCCCUAGUAGUGGCCCUCUCUUCUCCAUCUAUUCCUCCACCAAAGCCCCACUUGCAAAAACUACAUCUUCUGUACAACUUGGUGAUACUUCUGUCAAGGGAAAAUCUACUGCCCCAGUGUCUAAAGAAGAGCUUGGAAGGGCUACUUGGACUUUUCUUCACACUCUAGCAGCACAGUAUCCAGAUAAUCCUACAAGACAACAGAAGAAGGAUGUAAAAGAACUGGUACAAAUAUUAACUCGAAUGUACCCUUGCAGUGAAUGCGCAGAUCACUUUAAAGAAGUUGUUAGAGCAAAUCCUGUUCAGGCUGGAUCACAUGCUGAAUUUUCUCAGUGGUUAUGCCAUGUGCAUAAUGUUGUUAAUAGAAGCCUUGACAAACCAGUAUUCCCCUGUGAAAGAGUUGAUGCAAGGUGGGGCAAACUGGAAUGUGAACAGAGAGCAUGUGAAAUUAUUGGAAGUACAACAUUUUUUGGGAAGGAAAGGUAUGGCAUCCGGUUCAAGAAAAAGAAGUUCAAAAGAAACAAAAGGAAAAACUCCUGCCACCUUGGACAGAGCAGCUGGUCCCAGGCUACCACAAAUUGAACAACUUCUAAAUCAGACACGUUUUUUCAGCCAGUGUGAUCAAAUGAUUAAAUAUGGCAAGGAGUUUUAACACAGGAUAGUCCUUCAUCCAAAGGUUAUGGACUUUAGCUACUUUGCCACAUCAGGCUGUAUUUUCACCACCAUAUAGAAUAUAAAAGUUUGCAGCAUUUUGUGGUUCUCAAAUGUGAUUUCUUUGAAGAUCUUAUUAAGGUUUUCUAUUCGAACUUGAGAGUAUCUGAAGCUGGUUUCCUCUAUAGUGACUUGAACAAAACAAAGAUAAAAAUAAAACUAUUUGAUUGGUUAACUCUGGCUAGUUUGAAGUAUCAGGGGCAAAAAUUACCAUUUCCAGACAUCCCAGAGGAGAUGCAGUUCGACCAUGACAUAACAUUGACAUCUAUGAUUAGACCAGAGUUGCAGGGCCAAAAUGUUAGAAAUGUAGGAAGUCUUAACAUCAACGACAGACUCCUACAUUAUGUCUACGUCCAUAUAUUUGCUCCCCGAUCAAGUAACUUUCCAACUCUUGCAGGAAGACAUUUUUGUGUUAUGGGCCUUAAAGAAUAACAUUUUGAUCAACUAGUCCCAUUAUAUUAUGCAACACAUGGUCAAAUGCAAGGACAAUGGAAUGUCUCUUUUAUACCCCAUUUUAAUUUCACGCAUUUUGGUUGUUUCUGGCGUAGACUUAUCAAUUGAUGUUGCAGUCGAAUUAGGGUGGCCACAUUUCUUUAAUAAAAAAACCUUGAAAAAAUUAAAUGUUGUCAAUGUCAACGGGAUUUGGUUACAUGGUAGGGAUAAUCAUGAUCAUGGCCAAAAUGUUGAAGAUGAAGACCAUGCAAUGCCUGAGGACCAUGUUGACGAGCAGCCUGCCGAUAUCACACAACAACCCCCAGUCCAGUAUGAUGGUCAAAUGCUUUCCCAAAUAUGGACUGACAUUCAAGGGUUACAAGAAAGAUUAAAUAAUUUGACCAUCAAUGUUAAUAGAGGUUUUGAUCGAAUACAUAACAGGCUUGAUGAUCUCGAACAAAAAUUUGAUGACUUUCAGCGUUCAUUUAAAUAA